AUGGGCUUAUCGGACAUCAGGAUAUUUCGGUUGAUAGUCCAGGUAGGCUUGACGACGCUCUCCCUGGCGGUCAUCGGUCUGUGCAUCAAGGCGAUGAACGACUUGGAGGAAGACAAACGGACGAUCGCUCGACUGCUUCCUGGGGGACAAAUCGAGGCCCGUAAUAUCGUCGGCAGUGGCGUCGCGUUGGUCAUGGUUUCUUGUGGGAUCGUCUUGAUGACCAUCCUCAACUCGAUUUAUAUCUUGAAGGAUAGAUGUCCACAAGCAAUCAGGAAGCGAUGUCCAGCGGACUUCAGUAGGAAGACGAUGGCCGUCUUUGCGUUCAUCCUCACGCCGAUCAACAUUGCCCAGAGCUGUCUGACAGCCACUCAGAGCGCCCGGGUAAGCUCGAGCACCCUGCCCGCAGACACCGUCGAAAAUCUCGUCGCAUUCUCCGGCCGUAGUUUGCUCUAUAAGGACAAGGUGACCAUCGUCGAUUACACGGUCAUCGCUUGGAUCACCUUGCUCCUCCUCCUCAUCGGGAUCACUAUCGAAUCCUCCAAGUUUUCCAGACCUGAAUACGGUGACGCUGAUCAAGAGAAAACGAGUGCCUAG